ACGCAGAGAUCAGAACUUUGAGCAGUCAGGCUCACUGCUCCGAGCUCCACUGAAGGGUGGGGGAGGAAGAGGAGGAGAGACACACUUUCCUGAGAUUUAUACACAGAGCUAAGAGGAAGGGCGGGUGUGCACAGGUGAAUGCUCUGGACCAUGAAGCCCUCUCUCUGCUGGGCCCUCCUUCUCCUCUUCAUCUUGUUCUCGGGAGCCCAUAGCCAAGACAGGCCCCCCAGAAGGCGACCUAAACCCGGGUCCAGACCCAAGCCUACACCCAGAGUCCCUCCUCCAUACAGACCUGGUCUUGAAGAGCCCACUGAACCCACAGACCUGCCUCCUCCCCUCCCUCCAGGACCCCCAUCGAUCUUUCCUGAUUGCCCUAGAGAAUGCUACUGCCCCCCAGACUUCCCAUCAGCCCUUUACUGCGACAGCCGCAACUUGCGAAAGGUACCAGUCAUCCCAUCCCGAAUUCACUAUCUCUACCUUCAGAACAAUUUCAUCACGGAUCUCCCCAUAGAGUCCUUCAAGAACGCCACUGGCCUGAGGUGGGUCAACCUUGACAACAACCGUAUCCGCAAGAUAGACCAGAAGGUGUUGGAGAAGCUGGAGAGUUUGGUCUUCCUCUACAUGGAGAAGAAUCAGCUCCAAGAGGUCCCCAUGGCCCUGCCCCGAAACCUGGAGCAGCUAAGGCUGAGCCAGAACCAAAUCAACAAAAUCCCUCCAGGUGCCUUUAGCAAGCUGGAGAACCUGGUGCUCUUGGAUCUGCACCACAACAAGCUCAGUGAUGGGGUCUUCAAGCCUGACACCUUCCAGGGCCUCAAGAACCUCAUGCAGCUCAACCUCGCUCACAACAUUCUGAGGAAGAUGCCCCCCAAGGUCCCCACAGCCAUCCACCAGCUCUUCCUGGACAGCAACAACAUCGAGAACAUCCCCAACGGCUACUUCAAGGGCUUCCCCAACCUCUCCUUUAUCCGACUCAACUACAAUCAGUUGUCUGACAAGGGGCUCCCCAAGAACUCUUUCAACAUCUCCAACCUGUUGGUCCUCCACUUGUCUCACAACAAGCUCAGCAAUGUGCCGGCCAUCAACAACCGGCUGGAACACCUGUACCUCAACAACAAUGAGAUUCAGAAAAUCAAUGGGACCCAGAUCUGCCCCAACAACCUGGUUGCAUUCCAUGACUUCUCCUCAGACUUGGAAAAUGUGCCACACCUCCGCUACCUACGACUUGAUGGGAACCAGCUGAAGCCACCCAUCCCACUGGACCUGAUGAUGUGUUUCCGGCUUCUGCAGUCUGUGAUCAUCUAACUCCCACCUUGAAGCCAACUGAACUUCUCUGAAGAGACUUGAACACCUUUCAGUCAGGGGUGGUGCAUGUCCCCACUGCCUGACCUCCAUUACCUUUUCUACCUUCUCUGGGCUUUUCCUUUCUCCACCCAUGUAGGGUUCCCUAAGGAAAGGAGGAGGACAGUUCUACAUUCCUUAUUGCACUUCCCUUCCCUCACAUGGGACUAUGAAGUCUAAGAACUUAUUCUUGACCCACCAGGUUCAAAGCACCGUUUCUCCUACAUAUAAGCACCCAGCCCAAACUUCUUGCCAGAAGCAGUCUCCUUUUCUCGGAGCCCCUCAUCCACCUGGAAGUGUCAAAUUAUAUGUGCUUUACCCAACCUCUUUCUUACUCUCUUCCACCCUCACUUACUCUCAUCCCCACCUCACCAUCCCAAUAAUGGUCUGGCCCAUGAAAUUGCAUCUAGAUUAUGGCAUCUCUUUUGAAACAAGUCUCGAAGACCUUGACCUAGGAAAGGAGAUAUGUCUUCCCAAACAGGUCUAGAUAACACCUUUUAUAGCUGCCCAUUUAGUAUUUCUAGCCCAGGAGAGAGAAGAAAUCUGUAUCAUAUCAUCUCUUCUACUGCUUUCUUCUCCCAGGAUUAUGCAGGGUUUUUAUAUCCACAGUUGUUUCCUCUUCUACUCCCCAUCGGCAUCAAGCCCAAAAUGGGAAGACAUUUGCCCCAUUGAAAUAGCCUCUUGUUUAACAGGAGUGUCAAGGAAUGGCCAAGAACUUCUAGAAAGAAGUAGAUCUGGUAUUCUAGCAAGGGCUAGUCUCAGGCAACCUCAUCCUUCCUUGUUAGCUUUUGAAAUGGAUAGAUAGUCUCAUGAUGAUGUUAGCUGAGGAUCUGUUUGCACUUUCUGAGAACUAUAGUCUGGAAACUUCCUCCCUCCUCCCAUAUGUAUAUCCUCUCACAUCUUGUGUUGAGAAAGUGUAGGAGCAGAGAAAGAGCAAUGAGUAGAGGGGAAGGUGGGAGGAGGGAAUUAUGAAGUAUCUAUAUGGAAUGGGUUGGUAGGGUUGGGUGAGGCAGAACACAGGAAUAGAAAUGGAAUUUGUGGAAGAGCAGUGCCUCCAAAUCUCCUUUGACCACCCACAGUGAGACAUCAAAUGCCUUCAAAGCACCCAAUUCUCACAUUAUUGGGCUUGGUCAUUCACCAAUGCCAGCUUCAUCAUCUGGUAUCUGUCUAUGUGGCCGUGAAUUAGCCAAAUUAACAGCUGGAGACUGCCACCACCUACCCAAUAUUUCUACUACUCAGAGUGUAGCAGAGAAAGUAAGGAGAAGGGGAAGGACAACUGGAUACCUCCCAGAAGCCUCUUCCAUCAUGUGGAAAUGAACCUCCAUGUCUAAGAUGAGACACAUUAGUGACACCUAGUGGUCAGUGGAGGUCAGUGCUGUGAGCUCCAUUCUUUGACAGUACUUUUGGUCUCUUGUUCUUUGUCAUGGUCAGUUAGUAUAAAUGCUGGUGAUUUCUUUUUUUUUUUAAGGGUCUUGGCCUGGGACUAGGUUCUGACUUCAAAGUGACAAAAGAAGAUAUGUAUCACAGCCUCCCACCAUAUCCACAUCAUGGAAGGCCAUGGGCAUCUUUGAGCAUUGGCUCUUCCUGCUUGUGAUUGUGACAAGCGGUCAGAGGUGAUCACAGAGAAAUGAUGCCUAGCAUGAGAGUCAAGUUCUGGCAGAGGCUUCAAGGUCAGAGAUAUCUUGUCAGAAUAGGUUCUGUUUUACUAGCACUGAUCUUGUAACACCAGCUGGGGAUCUGAGAGCUCCAGUUUGGGGUCCAUUUUUUCAAUCUGUUUAAGGAUCUAUUUUGAGAACCCAUUAUAAAAAUUCAGUUGGGACCUAGAGGAAACUAAUUAAAAAUCUUAUCUUUCCCCUUUCAUGACUGAUUUUUCAAUGGGAUAGGCCCUAAGCUUCCAUUCCCCUUCUCAAUAAUUUAUUCCCUCUUCCCUUGCCUAAUAAGCAUGUUCCACUCUAUGGGCCUCUCCCUCCCACUUUCUUUCCUUUCUUCUUGUCUGGCCCCCAGAUUAAAGGCCUUGGCUGGUCUCCAAGGUAUACCUAGGGUACUGACAAGAGCACCUCAGUCUUCCUUCCUUUGGAAAAGAUACUUCUCUCCUGGUUGUUACUAUCUCUCCUAGGUUUUUUUGUUAGAUGGUCUUGCUCCACCUCUUUUAGUACAAAGCUGUUUUCCCCUUUGUCACAUUACUCCAAGUGGGCUUAGGUUAUUCUGUGUGUGUCUCCCUCCUUUUCUCCAUCUUCCCACUACCACCAUCUCCUGAACUCCCCCUGUCAAUGGUGUUUCAUGCACACUUUGAGAAAUCAUUUAAGUUCUAGAAUAUUUUUAACCUCCCAAAACCAAACACCAUCAGCUUUCUCUUCUUCUCUUAUCUAUGGCAUUACUCACUCAGAGUUAUUUCUUUUACCAUUCUUUCUCCUCUAUUUGAUAAGGGGAAGAUUGCAUUUUUAAUCUCCUCAGAGACUUUCUUUCCACUGAAAGCUCUCAUAGGUAAUGCCUGUGGCAGAAUUACCAUUCCAAAUUCCUUAAGUAAGUCAUUUUAACUCUCCAGACUUUGUUUCUAAUGCAAUCCAUGAGUUGAAGAGGAUCUGAAAGGUCCUCCAGUCCAACCACUGUGUCAAGAUUCCAUAAGCUCUGAUGCAGGAGCACCUCAAGAAGGUAUUGUUAACAAUGCAUCUGUCAUUGAUCUCAUAAAAGAAUCAUUAUCUCUCAACUUCAUCCUUAAGCAGCUUGAAGAACAUCCUGGUUCAUUUCAUGAAGCAAUGAAUCACAAACAUAUGGGAAACUAUCCAGGAAACACCAGAUCAACCCUUUAUCUUCAAGCCAUACUAUUCUUCCACUGAGAUCUCAUCUAACUCUCAUCCUCUCCCUCCUAUCAACUAAGCCUACUGUGCAGAUAUUCAUUUUGUAGACAUAGUACUAAGGCUAUUCAUUUUAGGAAAACUAGUCCUGCAGGCAGUCUCAAAGUGGAAAAGAGGCUAAUUAGGACUAUUUGCAGGAGCUACUGACUUCCUUGUCCUACACCUCAACUUCCCUGUCUUCUUGAUUGUGGUGGUACCCUUAUGGAAAGGUGAAUCCCCUCUUUAGGAUCUCAUGUUCAUCUGUCCUUUGCUUGAAUACAUCUGUCAACAAAAAACUGAGUACCCAUUGUCUUUUCAGAUUGCUAUAAUUGCCUAAAAAUUCCUCCUUUUCUUGAGCUGUUCUGCCUCCUUGUGAUAUUCAUGGGAUCCUAGUUCUGCCCUCUAGGACCAAGCAGAAGAAGUCCAAUCCCUCUUACAUACAAGGUCCUUCAAACAUUUGAAAAUAGUUGCCAUUCUCUUCCCCCACCCCUGAAUUCUCUUCUUCUGUCUAAGCGUCCCUACUUCCUUCAACCUUUCCUCAUAUGAUUUCAUUUUGAGUCUUUCUACCCUCCUGGAUACCCCUCUCUGGACACAUUAUAGUUUGUCAGUGUGCCUCCUCAAAUUCAUCAUCCAAAACUGAACCUAUUGUUUCUAGUGAGAUCUGAUGAAGAAAAGAGUAGCAUAAGGGCCAUCACUUCCCUUCUUCUGGACAUAAUGCCUUUCUUGAUGCAGUCCAAUGUCCCAUUUCAUUUUUUGGGCUAGCAUAUUACAUCAUUGACUCUCAUUGCCAUUCACUAAAUCUCCAAAUCUUCACAUGAGCUGCUACAUAGUCAUGUCUAGCCCAUUUUGUACCAAAAUGGAACACUUUCUAUUUUUCUCUAUUAAAUUUCAUGUUAGAUUUGAUCUAUUAUCACAGUCUCUUGAGGUCUCUUUGUCUCUGCUUUUAAAAACACAAUGCAUUUGCUUUCCCUCCCUGUUCAUAUCCUCAGCAAAUUUGGUAAGUAUCCCAUCUAUGCCUUUUUCCUUGUAAAUUUGUUGAACCAAACAGCAUCAAGGACAGAUCCUUCUAGCAAGCCACUUAAAAGAUUUCUUCCCAUGUUGACAUCAAUCCAUUAGUCAACACUCUUUAGGUCUGGUCUUUGAGUCAGUUAUAAAUUCACUUACAUGUUCUUUAGUGAGCCCACAUAUUUCUCAGUCUUGUCUACGAGGAUAUCAUUAGAACCUUUGUCAAAUGCGUUGAUGCAAUCCAGAUAUGCUGUCAUGAGGAUCUCCUGAUCUACCAGGCUAGUUAGUAACCCUGUCAAAAAACGAGAAUGACAUGAUUUGUCCUUAGUGAAUCCAAACCUGGUUCAGCUGACAAACCUAUACAUUCAAUACCCUGAGAUAUACUUUUGCCAGGCCUUGGACACUGCACUUACUGGUCUAUGGUUUUCGAUACCAACCUUUUCCCCCUCCUUUGUGAAAACUGGCACAUUUAAUCAUCGCCAGUCAUAGCACUUCUCCUAUUCUCCAUGACUCUUCUAAGACUAUUAAUGACAAUCACACACACAAGAAAUGUAAAUACUCUAUGCUAUAACUGUGCAAAGAAAGUGUAUUGUCUUGUCUGGAAAAUGGUAAGGUUGGACUAAAUGAUUUCUAGUGCUAAUAUUUACCCAUUCUAGAAUCUACUUUGGCUCUGGGUUUUAAAUAUUCCUUUGGUUAGAUCUAUGAUUUAGGAUCAUGGGGAUUGAAAAUUCUAGAACCAUAUAUAAUAUUAAAACUGCAUGGGGCCUUAACGGUCACCUUGUCCAUUUCCCUCAUUUUGUCAUUGGGGAAACUAAGAGACUAAAUGCCCUGCCAGUGGUAGUUGGUGACAGAACUAGAAUUAGAAACUAGUUCUCCAGUACUCAUUAUUGUUACACACAUCCCAUCCUCCCCACCCCCUCUUGCCAUUUUUAGACAUUUUCUUGGUAGCCUUUGGUGUGGGCAACCCACCUUUUUUCAGGAUAGGAGGGCAAACUUCUAUAACAGUAUUUGUGAGCUGCACCUCUGCUCUCCUUCCUAGCAACACAGGACAUCCCCAAUUCCUUUAACUGGGCUUGAUACCACAGGGAUUUAACCAAAGUGGGAUCAAAGAACCAUGCUUAUGAAUCCACCCUGCUUUCAUGCUUUCUGGCCAUAUACUCAACCCUGCAGAUAGUAGGUAGUUAAUAAAUGCUUGUGGAUUGAACUUAUAGUGAAGUGAGUGUAUCCCAGCACCUGGUUCUCACUGCUUCUCAUCCCAGUCAGGAGGUAGUACAGAUUGGAUGUCUAGUCAUACGGUAAUGGGAGCUACAGGCUUUCAGCAUCAGGCUCCUCUCCAUAUAACUUAUUGAAAGUGUUUCCCAGUGAUGUCCCUGCCCUGUUCUCUUUUGCCAUCAUUCCAUAGUCUGUCCGGGUGACACUCAUUUUGACCCUCAGCUCUGUCUUCCAACAGAGCCCUACCUUAGACACCAGAGUGGAGAUGAGUGGAGGUAGAGGAGGGGAAGGAUUAUGAAGGAGAGGCUGUGACUCUGUACUGUGAAGCUCCAAAUGUGAUGGGGAUAGACCACAGAGGAAGAGAACAUGUCAAUAUUGAGUUGUGCAUAUAGAACACACCUAUCACACACACACACACACAAAACAAGUGGAAGUUAAUAUUGUGAAUAGUCUAUAAGCUUUAAUCAAUAACUAUUUAUCAUAAAGAGCAGCCACUAUAUUUGUGACACUGAACUAAACCCUAAGGGUAGUUAAAGACAAUUCUCAAAACUUAAUCCCUGCCUUCCAGAGGUUUCUAAUGUAUCUCUCUUCUUUUCUUCUCUUCAUUUUAUCUCCAUCUCCUGUCCUCUUUGGUGAAUCCAGAUGCCAUUUUACAUAAGACCUCUUCCCCUGGCUAUUAAUUAAUUAGUAGAUUAAAUUAAUUAGUAGAUUAAGUAAUUUACUCUUUUGGUUCCAAUUAGUUCCUCUAAGAUUCCUGUUUAAAGUGAGCACAUUACUGUGGAUAUAAGCAGCCAUGCUUCUAUGGCUAGAUCAAGGCCCUUCCCUUACACAUGACUUUUAACCUCUGUCCCUCUCACUUGGUGGUCAGGUAAGCACUACUCUUGUGGUCCCCAGGAGGAGGGAAGGAGGGAUCUCUACAUGUCCCAUACAAAUCAGAGCUGAUUGAUUUGAGCAUAAACAUAAGCCUCAUGGCACUAUACUCUUUCUCCUCCUCUUUUUACUCCUCCUCCUCUUCCUCCUCAAUUUGUGCCCUUGUUCCCAAUGGCAGUAGCAAGCUGGACAGCCUCAAAGAUAAGCUUACUUUAGAGCCAAUCACAUCUAUUGCUUUCUCUCAGAUGCCUUUCACCUCCACAUCUUUGUAGACAAAAGCCUCUAUGCUGUAUGUAUACAAAUAUAACAUGUGCAUGUACUUAUCCAUUGUACGUGUAUCCACUCUUGAUCAUGUUAACUUUGUGGAGCUUUUUUCCCUUCUCAUAUUUUCCAUAUGAGUGGAAAUAAAACUGUAUGAAAGGAA